AUGGGUCCAGAUGAUGCAGUAACCGCCCUCCGCCAACUGAGACUUGCAAGUAGACCAACUAGAAAAAGACAUUACAGUGAAACUGAAGGUCAACAUGUCCCAACCACUGAUGCCGAUCCCCAGCCAAACAAAAUCAACGAAAGGUAUACAAUUCUUCUUAAAGAUGGAGUAACAACAGCAACAAUAUAUCCCAUUUUGUCCCCACUCGAAAUUCCAAUAGGCCUACUACAUUUCUUAUGCGACGAAUACAAUAUGGAGAUUGAAAGGGGAGAGUCGCUCCCCUUUUUCGACCCACUUACACUCGAACAAUUUGUUGAACAUUGGUUCGCCUCCUUUGUCGGCAUUAUGUGUCUCGGAGAUGACACACACUUGAAUAAAGCUCCCGAUGAUAGGCCAUGGGAGAAUGAAUGUUUGGGAAUGUUUUCCAUCCAGCCCCAGUACCCUGGCAAAAGAUGUUCACACAUAUGCACUGCUGAAUUUCUUGUCAAUGCUGGUAUCAGAGGUAAAGGUAUUGGACGAACUUUAACCGAUUGCUUUUUGCAGUGGGCCCCAAAACUAGGAUACACUUAUGCCAUGUUCAACCUUGUUUUUGAGAGUAACUCAGCGGCCCGAAAAUUGUGGGAGUCGAUGAAUUUUAAAAGAGCAGGAAAGAUCAAGAGUGCUGCGUACGUGAAAAACUUUGACCAGCCGGUGGAUGCUAUCAUAUACGGUCGCGAACUUGCCGAUAAAUCGAUAGCAGAGUCGAGUGCUUACAGAUUUGACAAAAUAAAGUACUAUCUAGAAACCGGCAAGUAUCCAGCGACGGCGGAUCGUCAAGAAAAAGCGAGAUUGAGAGCUGGAGCAAUGCAUUAUAGUCUAUCCAAUGGAAAGCUCAUGUUGAAAGGGAAGGAGGUUGUGGCCGAACCAGAUCAACAGAUGCGCAUUUGUUACGACUUGCAUGUAAAUAAUGGCCAUCUUGGGAUUAACAAGACUACCACCCAAGUGGCUGAGAAAUAUCAUUGGCCGAGGAUUAAGGAAACUGUUGGGAUAGUGAUAAAGGAAUGCGAAAAAUGCAAUAAGCUACACAGAGAAGACGACAAUGACGAGGGAAAGCGUGGAUACGAGUCGGCACACCACGAGCUUAACAAUGGCCCACAAAUCAGUGAACAGAUUCAAGCUGUCGUGUCGGAAGUGCAACAGGCACAUAGGGAUGGGUUGAGACACACAUACGCAGAAGUGGCUGCUUCCUCUGGUCCAAUCUUUCCAAUCAUUGAUCGAUAUUUGUCUGAUGAAGAUACGGAAUCUGACGUAAUACGACCAAGAGUUCGAACUUACCAGAGAAGAGAGCGAUAA